UUCCUAAUGAUGAUCAAAAUAACCUAAAAUUCUAAUUUCUUUUUGAAGAUAUAUGGACGUUCUUAAUUCGAUAUGCGGAUACUUUUUCUUCAUAGCGAUAUUACUUGAAGUUCUAAUCAUCGGCGUCGAUUUUCUCAAAUUGCAAGUCACCACAAAUAAUAAUGCAUUUAAGGAGCAACUUUUCUUGUUAAUUUGUUAUAUACCUUCUAAUAUUUUUGUGGUGUAUGUAACUUGUAAUAUGGGACAAAAAGUAUUAGAUACCAGUGCGGACGUGCUCGAAAAGGCACGUAUGGUACCAUGGUAUUUACUUACACCGACAAUGCAAAAGGAAGGUAUAUUAAUAAUGAUUAGAAGUAUGAAACCAUGUUACUUAACUAUCGGAAAAAUGUUCGUCUCGUCUCAUGAACUUUUUACUUCGAUCGUACGAACAGCGAUAUCUUACGCAACUAUGGUUCAUUCAUUAGAAUAAUCGAUUGAUUUCGAUCGAUUGACUACAGAUGCAAAGAAGAUGGAAUAGUAGUUGCAUGUUGAUCAAUUGCACUUU